AUGAGACGUAGGAAACGUGCGGGAAGGACCAUGGUUGAGAGGACCAGCAAGUUCUUGCUGAUCGUGGCCGUCUCGGUGUGCUUCAUGCUUAUCCUGUACCAGUACGUGGGGCCGGGGCUGAGCCUGGGUUCCCCCAGCGGCCGCUCCUACUCGGAGGAGCUGGACCUCUUCCCCACGCCGGACCCGCACUACGUGAAGAAGUACUACUUCCCCGUGCGGGAGCUGGAGCGGGAGCUCGCCUUCGACAUGAAGGGCGAGGACGUGAUCGUCUUCCUGCACAUCCAGAAGACCGGCGGCACCACCUUCGGCCGCCACCUGGUGCAAAACGUGCGGCUGGAGGUGCCCUGCGACUGCCGGCCCGGGCAGAAGAAGUGCACCUGCUACCGCCCCAACCGCCGGGAGACCUGGCUCUUCUCCCGCUUCUCCACGGGCUGGAGCUGCGGGCUGCAUGCCGACUGGACCGAGCUCACCAACUGCGUGCCCGGAGUGCUGGACCGCCGGGAGAGCGCCGCCGCCAAGACGCCCAGAAAAUUUUACUACAUCACGCUGCUGAGAGACCCCGUAUCUCGUUACCUCAGCGAGUGGCGUCACGUCCAACGAGGAGCUACUUGGAAGACCUCCUUGCACAUGUGUGAUGGCAGGACACCAACUCCUGAAGAGCUGCCGUCGUGCUAUGAAGGCACGGACUGGUCAGGUUGCACGCUGCAGGAGUUCAUGGAUUGCCCGUAUAAUUUGGCCAACAACCGCCAAGUGAGGAUGUUGGCUGAUUUGAGCUUAGUGGGCUGCUACAACAUGUCUUUCAUCCCCGAGAACAAGCGAGCACAGAUCCUGCUGGAGAGCGCAAAAAAGAACCUCAAAGACAUGGCCUUCUUCGGCCUGACAGAGUUCCAGAGAAAGACUCAGUACCUGUUUGAGAGAACUUUUAAUCUGAAAUUCAUCCGGCCCUUUAUGCAGUACAACAGUACGAGGGCAGGAGGGGUGGAGGUGGAUAAUGACACCAUCCGGAGGAUUGAGGAGCUCAAUGACUUGGACAUGCAGCUCUAUGACUAUGCAAAGGACCUCUUCCAACAGCGCUACCAGUACAAACGGCAGCUAGAGAGGAUGGAGCAGAGGAUAAAGAAUCGGGAAGAGAGGCUUCUUCACCGGUCCAAUGAAGCACUUCCCAAGGAAGAGACGGAAGAGCAAGGACGCUUGCCCACUGAGGACUACAUGAGCCAUAUUAUAGAGAAGUGGUAGCCUAGGCAGACUUUUAUAUUAAUGAUAUUCUAGGGUUUCCAUAUAAAAGAUCAUGGAAGUAAAAUUACAAAAACAACAAAAAAUAUUUUAUUUAAAAGCAAGUCUGUAAAACAGAAGAUAGAUUGCUUCCUUAAGCAUAGGGUCUUUUUACUGUUUCUUACAAGACCGAUGAGAUUCUUAAAAAAAAAUAAAUAAACACAUAAAAAUAAAAAAAGGGUCAACAUUAUAAUGCAGAGGUAAAAAAUGCACAAAUGCAGUUACCCACUCUUAAGGCCGAAUACAAAAGAAUGUUUCUUAUCCUCACAAGUCAAACACAAAUGGCAGAAGUAGGAUUUUUUAAAAUCUGUUUAUCCCCCAAGCAUAAUGAUAUAAAGAUGCGUAAUUAAAAAACAAGGAAACUGAGGUUUUCUUUUGUGGGUGGUUUUGGAGGUGGGAUGGGAAUUGCAUUGCUUGUAAGUAAAUGAUAAUGGUGACUAAGCUGAGGACGUGCUAUCCUGUCAGGAUCUGAUCUGAGCACAAGGGUGGUCACUUCGUUUCAGCUGGCAGCCACUGCCAGAAAAAUAAAAGAAGAAGGAAAACAUCAGAGGAUGAGAAACAUUAAAGCAAA